AUGUUUCGAGACGUUCCACAAACACUCGGCUCUACAACCUGCAUUCAAGCAACUCGAUUGCUCACGUUGCUGCUGUCGACGACUCUCAUCACGUUGCUGCUGCUGCUGUCCGCUCAUUUCGUCCACUGCUCAACAAUCUCUGCCACGAUUGACACAUUUGUGGAACGAGUGAAAAUCUCACAACAACAACAACAAUGGACAACUCCUCCUUCAUCAUGGACCACAGCAGAGGCCUCUAUUACAAGCUCAAACUCAUCCAUUGUCGUCCUUUCUAUGAGAAAUCCUUCUCUCAUCCAACCUCUGUCCUCAAUUCUUCGAGAAUAUUUCAAUAACCGCACGCUUCACAUGUUCUCCUUUGAUUUCGAGUCGGAUGUGGUGUCGAGAGCAUCAUUUAAAGCCAGUGUGGAGAUGGCUCUUUCCAUGCAUCAGAUCAAACCAUUGAAACUGAUCGAAGUGAGCAACAUGUUGUGUGAUUGUAUUUUGGGAAAUCCUUUUGUGGAUUCCAAUCAAAUUGAGUUUUUAAUCACGACCGAUAAGGAUGUUCCAAAAUUGAUUCGACAAAUUCGAGAGAAUUCGAAAUAUGCUCCUUCUCGAUAUUUGGAGUUGAGUGAUUUUAAUAUUGUCAUCCUUUCACCCUAUGAAAUUCAAUAUGUUUGGACGAAUUCAUCAUUCUCCGAAUCAUUCUCAAAAAGUUUGAUUCAAAAUUUGAAAGAUGACAUGAUUUCUUGUUUGUACGAGAUGAAAUAUUGCAGAAUGAAUGUUUCGUCAACAGGUAUUUCGUCUUGUUAUGAAAAACAUGAUUAUUGUUGGUUGAGGAGAGCUCAAAACUUUUUUCAAGUUGCACAUUCUGAAUUGUUUGUGAAUUUUAUCAAUCAACAGAUUUUAACACAAACACAUCAGCCCGCUAUUGUGGAGUAUCAAUUCAAAGUUCAGGAAAUUGCUCUUGCAUCUAUUUUAGAAGACAAUAAUCUCAACUCAACAUUUUCACACCAGUUACUUUCCACCAAUUCCUCUGAUUUUAUGAACCUCACUCUCUCACAACGACUGGAUUAUGUCAUGCAAAAUGAAAUGAUGAACAGCUAUCAAUAUUCAUGUCAUACCAGUAUUUGUUUGUUUGAACCAUUGUUAGCAAGUGAAUACUUUCAAUUUGCCUCCAUUUUAUGUUGCUUGAUAUAUUACAUAUUCCUCUUUUGUAUGUGUCAAAAGAAUUCAAUCAAAAUCCGAUUAUUACUUCCUUGGUGUGGCCCAUUACUGGUAAUGAUUCGAAUAUUGAGUAGUAGCGAGUUUAUAUACAGUACCUGUCCAGUUUUAUAUUCCAUGAUUUCCAUUAUCACUGUGACCAUGACCAUAGUUAUUUAUAUUAUCACAAUUUUGAGAGUUCUCUAUUUGAGAAAUUUAUAUGAAAUUAUUUCAAAACGCAAUAAUAUUGGAUUGUACAAGAGAUUGGCUUCAAAGAAGUUUGGUAUUUUCAUCACUCUUUUGGCAUGUUUUUUGACCUUUUUAAUCAUGCUUGUUUUCAUUCCAAUGUUUUCCAGAAUUUACUUGACAAAUUCAUUAAGCAUCUCUCGAAAUGUGAUCGCUGGAUGCAUUAUUUCAUUGGCAGUUUUAUCAGCAAUAAUAUACAGCAUUAUUGACUUUAUAUUUCACAGAAAAGACAUUAAGAAAAAGGGUUUAAUUUAUUUCCUCUUUUUCGACGAUCCCUUUUACAUCCGAAUUGAUUUGAUUUGUUUGAUUUUCAUUCUAAUUUUACUCAUUCCAUUCCUUACUCCAACGCGAAUCUCGGUAUUGAGUGGUUUAUUUCGGAUGUUGAUUUCUCUAACAGCAUACAUGAUCAUGGGAGGAAAUACUCUCUUCAUUGAAUGGGUGAAAAUGUUAAAGUAUCGUAAAAGUGAAAUUGUGAAAAAGCUUGAAACGGUAACACCUGCAGCUGGAUCUAAAUCCACUUUGUCCAUGAUCAAAGAGAAUGACCAUUCUUUGGAGCAUUUGUUGAAAGACUCGAAUUUGUUUGAAAUGUUGAAAACCUAUUCUGAAAAAGAAUUUUCCUUAGAGAAUAUUUUACUCUUUGAACACAUUCAAGAAUUUGUUAGAACUCAAAAAUUAACACUUUCACAGGUUUCUCAAAUUGAAGAAAAUUUUUUGAAACCCUAUUCGAAAUAUGAAGUCAAUAUUUCAUCAACAACCAAAAAGGCCUUCCAUGAAUGGCAUGAACAUGUGAAAAGGAAUCAAGAUAUGAUACAAGAGAAUUCUGUCAUGGACAUGAAAGAAAUUGAAACACUCAAACAUAUUCUCUAUUCUGAUCUGUUAAAUAAUUUAAACGAUACUUUUCAUCGAAUGCAAGCCACUGAGGAAUUUAUGAAAUGGGAAAAAGUGGUCGAUCUUCAACGUAAACAUAGUAUUACACGAUAA